AUGAUGGAGUACUCGUGUUUCGACUUCAAUUUUCUUGAAGUUGACAAGAAAGUGAGUUCUCUUGAGGAUUUCAUUCAUUUCAUUGAUGACGAGUUCGAGGUCGAGUCUUUCUCAGAUGUUUUUGUUAUGCGCAAGGGAUGUUGUAAGUGGACUAGAUUAUCUACAUAGCCAAAACAUAGCCCAUAGAGACCUAAAACUUGGAAAUACUCUGGUUUCCAAUCAACAUUAUAUCACAAUGGAUGGUGACUGGGCUAAAGUGUAA